AUGGCGGCACCGGCCGCAACGUACAAGGACCGGCAGUUCCUUGCUGUCAUUGGUGAUGAAGACUCCGUUACUGGUCUUUUGCUCGCAGGCAUCGGGACCGCCAUGCUAACCUACUGGUUCUUUCUACAGCAUGUGACUGAACCACCAGGCUCCCAAAGAAACUUCCUUGUCGUUGAUUCCAAGACCGAGACGUCAGAGAUCGAACGGGCCUUCCAGAACUUCACCCAGGAGAGGAAAGACAUUGCUGUGCUCUUGAUCAACCAGCAUAUCGCAGAACGUAUCCGCCACAUCGUCGACGCAUUCGCCGAUCCUUUCCCCGCUGUUCUUGAAAUCCCCAGCAAAGACCACCCAUACGACCCGGAGAAGGACAGUGUUCUCAAGCGUGUCCGUCGCCUGUUUGGAGAGUAG